CAUCUUCUAUCAUCACAAACAAACCUAUACAAAUAUUAAAAUAACUUAGUGAACAUUCUUUGCAUCCAUUCACAAAAGGGAUGAACAUGAAGCCAUUCAAGAAACCACAAAUUCUUCAUUCUUUACUCUUAUUCAAUAUCAUGUUAUUAGGUUCUUCUAUAGAAAACGAUGCAAACUACUGUCAAAAUAUCAGAAAACAAACACCUUUUUUCUUGAAUCCAAAUUCUUCUAUAUUAGACAACAUCGUUUUGUGCAUAUCUCAGAAUCUCUAUUUCAGAACAUCCCUUGGCCUUUUUCAUGUCUCUUCACUAGACAACAAUGGUAGAUUUCUAACCAUCACUCACUCUUCUUGUUCUUCUCUGCAAUAUGUUUCUCCUACGGCUGUCACUGCUGGUUUCCCUUCUCCUCCUGAGCCUAACUCGCUUGUUCUCUUCAAUUGCUCAAGCAGAAGACACCCCAUUUUACCAACCAUGCAAAAUUGUAGAAACUUGUACACUUGUGGAGGUGCUGAAGAGAACAAGAACUACCUUCAUCCAUGUUUAGUUGUUGAAGAUCUGAGAAAAUUUGACAAGGAUUUUCAUCCUCUGCUUCUGAACUGCUCUCAUUUUAGCUGGGUGCAUAGAAGAACAUCAGACGGUGGACAUGAUCAGGGAUUUAAGGUUGGAACAAGGAUAUCUGUUGACAUUCCUCGUGUACCAGAAAUUUGUCAAGGGUGUGAAAAGCCUAAUGGAAGCUGUGGUGCUGGUUUGAAUUGUUUAUGUCACCCUAAAGAGUGCAAAGACAAGGUCAUCUCCAAGGCAGUGAUAAAAUCUACUGGUAGUGUUUUUUUCUCUCUGCUUUGUUUCAUUGGUUCAGUUAGUGUUGCCUUAAUCAUGUGUGUCUAAGAAAGUUUAGCUAAGGGUUGGUUUGUUUGUUAAUAGUAGUUGGUGGUUGUACACUUGUCAUUUGCUAUUAAAAUCUAAUAUAAUAUGUAUAAUCUUU